CUUUCAAAGGCUACACAAGUAUUGCAGCAAUCACAUAUCCAAACCUGAUUGCAUCAUUGACCGGAAAAACUGCGUACAGCAAUGAACUACCGAAGUUAGACCCUAGGAAAGAAUUCACCGAUAAUUACCCUUUUAUAUGGAAAAACUUUUCCCAAAAAGGAUAUGUUACAAUGUUCAGUGAAGAUUUCCCAGAAAUAAGCAUGUUUAAUUAUAUGCAAAAGGGUUUUAAAGAUUCUCCGGUAGAUCAUUACCUUAGACCGUACUACGUAGCAAGGAAAAAAUUGCACCCAGUGCAAUCGAAUUUGGACCAAGUGUUUAUGUUCCUGGAAGAUAAAGAUAUUAAAAUGAGAAAAUAUUCAUCUCUUUGUUAUAAAAGUCGUCCAAAACAUGCAAUACAUAUAGAUCACUAUAAAAACUUUGUAUCAACUUAUAAAGGAUAUCGGAAAUUUGGAUUGUCAUGGUUAACAGAGAUAGGGCAUGAUUAUAUGAAUUUCUUAGAACUUGCCGAUGAUGAUAUAGAACAAAUGAUUCAAUAUUUUUAUAAAGAAGGACUUUUCAAGAAUACAAUUUUUAUUUUGUUUGGAGAUCAUGGUCCUAGGACGGAUGAAAUUCGAAAUACAGCCAUUGGAAGAAUAGAAGAGCGUAUGCCAUGGUUAAGCAUUGUUAUUCCUAAACAAAUUAAGAAGAAAUACCCUCAUAUACAUACAAAUUUAAAAGACAACGAAAAUAAGUUAACGUCACCAUUUGAUUUGCAUGAAACUUUCGUGGACAUACUUAAUGAAAAUUUUACGUUUUCUGAGGAAUUUAUGAAAAGACCGUAUCCGAGAGGGAUAAGUCUUUUAAGGGAGAUACCAAAAGAUAGGUCAUGUUCUGACGCUGCUAUAGCAGAACAUUUUUGUGCAUGUUAUACAUCACACAACGUGUCAGUAAAUACUCGUAUGAUAAAUAUAGGAAAGUUUAUUGUGAAUUCAAUUAACAUUAAACUUGCACAAUUUAAAGACAAAUGCUCAAAUUUAUCUUUGUAUCAAGUUAAAGAAGCCCAGGAAAUCAAAACGGGUUUAGAACACAGAGAAGACUUUAGUAGAAAGACUUUGUUGAAUCUGUUUUAUCAACCAGAGGUUGAAUCCGAACAACGUUACGUUGUUUUAAUCGAAACUAUCCCUGGUCAUUCCUUAUUUGAAGGUACAGUUAGUAGCAAAAACAAUGAACUGACGCUUCUAGGUGACGUUAGUCGAACCAAUAGAUAUAAUAACCAAUCACAUUGUAUAUCCUUUAAAACUAUGAAACAUUUGUGUUACUGUGAAGAUUUAACAUUGUGAAAUCAAUGAACUAUAAGUAAUAUGGGAUCAAUAACCGUUUGGUUAUCAUUUAUAAUGUAGAGGUUUUAUAUUUUUCAGACAAUCAUAAAACAGAAUAAAACUGUGUAGAAAUA